CCCGUUGACGCAGCCGCAGUGCCGCCGGGCCUCGGCGCUGACCCCCGCCCCAUCCUCCGCCUCCCUCUGCGGUCUGGGCCCGGCCGGACCUCGGGUGGCGGGCUGGACCUGCGGCGGCGGCGGCGGCGGCGGUGGCUGGAGGGGCUGCGCGCGGGCUCAGCUCGGCAGGCCGCGGACGCUCGUCGCUGCCCCGCGGCCAAGGGCCCUUGGCGAUCUCCGAUGAGAGGCCGGACGGUUCCGGGCUGCCCCGGUCUCCGCCCAGGUGAGGGGACGGGGACCGGCUCGGUUGGGCAGCACUUUGUCCGGUGUCUCGGGACCGCAGCCGGGUCGGGAGUUGGGGAGGUUUGCCUUCAUCUCACCUGCCUGCUGUGGUGUGGACACACUCGCCGUCUUUGGCUCUCCCUACCUGAAAGGCACUGGGACCUCAGACCGAUGUCGCAGGUUUGUGAAGAUGAAACACUGCAGAUGGGCCUUCUGAAGAUAAGGAGAAGGAAAAACAACAUUGAAGACUCUGGGAAUAAAAACAGACCUUUAGAUGCCUCUCUGGAAAAACCUCAAAAAUGGAUCAAAGGAAAAAUGACAGUAUUGUUCCUAGUAUCACCCAGCUAGAAGAUUUUCUUACAGAACACAAUUCUAAUGUUGUGUGGCUCCUCGUUGCUACCAUUUUGUCCUGUGGAUGGAUUAUUUAUCUCACAUAUUAUAAUUCUCGGAAUGUUGGUCUUAUUUUAACCUUGGUUGUCAACAGAUUAUACAAACAUGGCUAUAUCCAUAUUGGCUCCUUCUCUUUCUCUGUUCUUUCUGGAAAAAUCAUGGUUCGUGAAAUCUAUUACAUUACAGAAGACAUGUCUAUUAGAAUUCAAGAUGGAUUUAUAAUUUUUCGGUGGUGGAAAAUGUAUAACCCAAAACAGAAGCAGCAUGAUCCAAAGGCAGAAACCAGAUUAUACAUCACAGUUAAUGACUUUGAAUUUCAUGUCUACAAUCGUUCGGAUCUUUAUGGACGUCUUCAAGAAUUAUUUGGUUUGGAGCCAACAAUAAUCCCCCCCAAGAAAGAGGAUGAUAAAACACGGGAAAAUGGAAGAACAAGAACCCAGUCCAAAAUGGAAAGAGUUAAAGUAAAAACAGAAUCUCAGGACCCUACAUCUUCUUGGAGAUCACUUAUUCCAGUUAUAAAGGUCAACGUGAGCACAGGUCGCCUGGCCUUUGGAAAUCAUUACCAACCUCAAACUCUGUGUAUCAACUUUGAUGAUGCUUUCUUAACUUAUACUACAAAACCACCUUCCAGUCACCUUGACCAAUUCAUGCAUAUUGUGAAAGGAAAGCUUGAAAAUGUUCGAGUCAUGCUUGUUCCUAGUCCAAGAUAUGUUGGUCUUCAAAAUGAUGAGCCACCGAGAUUAAUGGGAGAAGGCUUUGUGGUGAUGCAGUCAAAUGAUGUUGACAUCUACUAUUACAUGGACGAGCCAGGACUUGUUCCAGAAGAAACAGAGGAAAACAUUGAAGGAGAAAUGAGUAGUGAGGACUGCAAAUUACAAGAUUUGCCUCCAUGUUGGGGACUUGAUAUAGUUUGUGGUAAAGGAACAGAUUUCAACUAUGGGCCAUGGGCCGAUAGACAGAGAGAUUGCUUAUGGAAGUUUUUCUUCCCACCUGAUUAUCAAGUUCUGAAAGUUUCUGAAAUUGCACAGCCAGGGAAACCAAGACAGAUCCUUGCCUUUGAACUGCGAAUGAAUAUUAUUGCAGAUGCUACUAUCGACUUGCUGUUUACCAAAAAUAGGGAAACAAAUGCUGUGCAUGUCAAUGUUGGUGCUGGCUCCUAUUUGGAGAUCAAUAUUCCCAUGACAGUUGAGGAAAACGGUUAUACUCCUGCAAUUAAAGGACAACUAUUACAUGUUGAUGCCACUACCAGCAUGCAGUACCGGACCCUGUUAGAAGCAGAAAUGUUAGCAUUCCACAUCAUUGCCAGUUACCCCCGAGUAUGGAAUAUGCCCCAGACGUGGCAGUGUGAAUUAGAAGUGUAUAAAGCCACCUAUCACUUCAUCUUUGCACAGAAGAACUUCUUCACAGAUUUAAUUCAAGACUGGUCUAGUGAUAAUGCUCCAGACAUUUUUUCAUUUGUUCCAUAUACAUGGAAUUUUAAAAUAAUGUUUCAUCAAUUUGAAAUGAUUUGGGCUGCUAAUCAACACAACUGGAUUGACUGUUCCACUAAACAACAGGAAAAUGUAUAUCUGGCAGCCUGUGGAGAAACACUAAAUAUUGAUUUCUCUUUGCCGUUUACGGACUUUGUUCCAGUUACGUGUAACACCAAGUUCUCCCUAAGAGGAGAAGAUGUUGAUCUUCAUCUGUUUCUACCAGAUUGUCAUCCUAGUAAAUAUUCAUUAUUUAUGCUGGUAAAGGAUUGCCACCCAAAUAAAAUGACUCACGACACUGGUGUUCCUGCUGAGUGUCAGAGCAGCCAGAAAACAGUUAAACCCAAAUGGCGGAACCUUACUCAAGAAAAGGCUGGUUGGGUUGAAUGUUGGACUGUCCCAAGUGUCAUGCUUACUAUCGAUUAUACAUGGCAUCCAGUUUACCCACAGAAAGCAGAUGAGCAGCUAAAACAAUCAUUGUCAGAAAUGGAAGAAACAAUGCUGUCUGUAUUGAGGCCAUCCCAGAAGACGUCAGACCGAGUCGUUUCUUCUCCCUCUACUUCUUCCCACCCACCUGUUGACCCCUCUGAGCUGCCACCUGAUAAACUGCAUGUAGAGAUGGAACUUUCUCCAGACUCUCAGAUAACUCUCUACGGACCACUAUUAAAUGCUUUUUUUUGUAUAAAGGAAAACUACUUUGGGGAAGAUGACAUGUAUAUGGAUUUUGAAGAGGUUAUUUCAAGUCCGGUUUUGUCCCUGUCAACAUCAUCCAGCUCUGGAUGGACUGCAGUCGGAAUGGAAGGUGAUAGAAAGGAAAACGAAAGUUCAGCCAAGUCAAUUCAUCCGCUGUCCUUGCGUCCAUGGGAUAUUACCGUGCUUGUAAAUUUGUACAAAGUUCAUGGGCGUCUGCCUGUUCAUGGAUCGGCCGAUGGUCCUGAGUGUCCCACAGCUUUCUUGGAAAGACUGUGUUUUGAAAUGAAAAAAGGAUUUAGAGAGACCAUGCUGCAGCUUGUGCUGUCACCCCUGAGUGUGUUCGUCAGUGACAAUUAUCAGCAGCGACCUCCUAUAGAUGACGCACUCAAGGAAGGUCAUAUCAAUCUGUCAGGUCUUCAGCUGAGAGCACAUGCCAUGUUCUCAGCAGAAGGUCUUCCUUUGGGAAGCGAUUCCCUAGAAUACGCAUGGCUAAUUGACGUGCAAGCUGGAAGCCUCUCAGCUAAGGUCACGGCACCACAGCUGGCUAGUCUCUUGGAGUGGGGGCAGACAUUUGUUUUUCACGUGGUAUGUCGGGAGUAUGAACUGGAAAGACCCAAGUCAGUAAUAACAUGUCAACAUGGACUUGAUCGUCGGUUCUGCGAAUCCAAGUUGAGUUGUAUUCCUGGCCCUUGUCCAGCUUCAAAUGAUUUGAAAUACACCAUGACUCGUUUAGCGGUAGAUGGAGCUGAUAUUUAUAUUGUGGAGCAUGGUUGUGCUACAAAUAUAAAGAUGGGGGCAAUCCGGGUUGCAAACUGUAAUCUCCACAACCAAUCGGUUGGGGAAGGGAUAAGUGCAGCAAUUCAGGACUUCCAAGUGAGACAGUAUAUCGAACAGCUGAAUAAUCCCAGAGCUGGGCUCCAGCCUGCAAUUCUGCGGAGGGCCUACUGGCUAGAAGCUGGCUCGGCUACCUUAGGACUAAUCACUGUUGAUAUUGCACUGGCAGCUGAUCAUCAUUCUAAACAUGAGGCCCAGAGACAUUUCUUAGAAACUCACGAUGCCAGAACUAAGAGGCUGUGGUUUUUGUGGCCUGAUGACACUCUAAGGAAUAAGAGGUGCAGGCACAAAUGUGGCUGUCUUGGUGGCUGCAGAUUCUUUGGUGGCACAGUGACUGGCCUAGAUUUCUUCAGGCUUGAAGAGUUGACACCAUCCAGUAGCUCUGCAUUUUCAAGCACAAGUGCAGAGUCGGACAUGUACUACGGACAGUCUCUGUUACAGCCUGGAGAAUGGAUUAUUACCAAGGAAAUUCCCAAAAUGGUAGAUGGUCAUGUGACCAGCAUGAAGAGGAAAGAAUGGGAGAAUAAAUCAGGAGGAUUGGAAGUGGAGAGGAAGACUCAGCACCUGAGCCUGCAGGUCCCCAUGCGCUGUCACAGCUCGUCCUCGUCCUCAGAUGACAACAGCAGCUCCAGUGCGGCCCAGCCUUUACUGGCUGCGGACAAGGAAAGCCCCUCUUCUGUGGCCGAUGACCCUGUGCCUCAGAAGGAAUUCCUGCAUGGAAUGAAAAGAGAUGAUGGUCCAGUGAGUGUUCCUACAGAAAUUUCAGGAAAUAGCCCCGUGUCUCCUAAUAAUCAGGGUAAGUCAGUAGGUCAAUCCCCUCUGCGGUCUCCCUUGAAACGACAAGCCUCAGUAUGCUCCACCCGACUUGGAAGUACCAAGAGCCUGACUGCAGCAUUCUAUGGGGACAAGCAGCCAGUCACAGUUGGAGUCCAGUUUAGUAGUGAUGUCUCCCGAAGUGAUGAGAAUGUAUUGGACUCACCAAAGCAGAGAAGAAGUUUCGGCUCCUUUCCAUACACACCAUCAGCGGAUUCUAAUUCAUUCCAUCAAUAUCGAUCAAUGGAUUCCAGCAUGUCAAUGGCUGACAGUGAAGCCUACUUUUCUGCCGCUGAAGAAUUUGAGCCCAUUAGCAGUGACGAAGGCCCUGGGACCUAUCCAGGUAGAAAAAAGAAGAAAAAGCAGACUCAGCAGAUUGAUUACAGUAGGGGUUCCAUUUAUCACAGUAUCGAGGGACCACUCACUGGCCAUGGAGAAAGCGUUCAGGAUCCCCGAACUCUGCCAUUCAAAACUCACCCUUCCCAGGCUUCAUUCGUUUCUGCAGUAGGUGGCGAAGAUGAUGUUAUAGAACAUCUGUAUAUUGUAGAGGGUGAAAAAACAGUAGAGAGCGAGCAGAUCACUUCUCAGCAACCAGUGAUGAGUUGUUAUCAGACUUACCUUACUCAAUUCCAGGUGGUUAACUGGUCAGUGAAGCACCCAACCCACAAAAGGACCUCCAAGUCCUCCCUGCAUCGGCCCCUUGAUCUGGAUACACCAACCAGUGAAGAAAGUUCAUCAUCAUGUGAACAGUUCUCUGUUCCAACUUUUAAGGUUAUCAAACAGGGGCUUACAGCUAAUUCUUUACUAGACAGAGGAAUGCAACUUUCGGGAUCAACUUCAAAAACACCAUAUACUCCUUUGGAAAAGAGAGCCGUUGAUAGCACAGAUGAUGAAACAGUAAAGGAAGAGUGGACUCUGGAUCAGCCCAUCUCUCAGACGAGGACAACAGCCAUAGUUGAGGUCAAAGGAACUAUUGACAUUGUUCUAACGCCCCUGGUGGCUGAAGCUUUAGACAGAUAUAUUGAAGCAAUGGUUCAUUAUGCUCACACCCGCCAUCCAGCUGCAAUUGUGGAUGACCUUCAUGCCAAGGUCCUCAGGGAAGCUAUGCAAAAUAGCAGGACUACCUUCUCAGAAAAUUUAUCUUCCAAACAAGAUGUUAGAGGAACAAAAACUGAGCACACUGUUAUAGGAACGACUAAUCAAGGACAAGCACAGACAGAUCUUAUCAUGAAGCAAGAUAAUGUGACAAUUAAAGGUCUUCAGGCUAAUAUCAGCAUACCAAAGAUAAACUUAUGUUUGCUACAAGCCUCAGUGGAAGAAUCUCCAAAUACAGCUUCCAGUAGAAGCAUUACUCACAUGUCCCUGGUUGCAUUGUGUUUUGACAGAAUUGCUACACAAGUUCGUAUGAACAGAGGUGUGGUUGAAGAGAUUUCAAACAACACUGAACCUGGUCGGACAUCACAGUUUGAUAGGUAUGUCCACGCCUCUAAAAUGCAGCCACAGUCAUCUGGAUCUCUCAGAUCGAACACUGGAGCAGAAAAAGGCAAAGAAAUUGCUGCCAAGUUAAACAUUCAUCGAGUUCAUGGGCAACUCAGGGGUCUUGAUACAAAAGAUAUCGGCACAUGUGCCAUCACUGCGAUUCCUUUUGAGAAGUCCAAAGUCUUAUUUACUCUGGAAGAGCUGGAUGAGUUUGCUUUUGUGGAUGAGACUGACCAGCAAGCUAUUCCAGAUAUAAUUCGAAUGGGUCCCAGCCAAGAAAAAUGGGGUUGGAUAAUGUUUGAAUGUGGACUUGAAAAUUUAACCAUAAAAGGAGGAAGACAGUCUGGUGCUGUUUUGUAUAAUGCUUUUGGAACGAUGGGCAAAGCUAGUGUCUCAGAAGGGGGUGGAGUGCUGACAUCCAAUAAUUCUUCCGACUCUCCGACUGGCAGUGGCUAUAACACCGACGUCUCUGAUGAUAAUCUUCCUUGUGACCGAACAAGCCCUUCUUCAGACUUAAAUGGAAAUUCUGUUUCCGAUGAGCAGGAUGAAGGAGUUGAAUCCGAUGAUUUGAAGAAAGAUGUGCCUCUUAUGCCGCCACCCCCCGAUUCCUGCAGUAUGAAGCUGACCAUCCAAGAGAUUUGGUUUAGUUUUGCAGCUCCCACCAACGUGAGGUCUCCCACUCAUGCAUUUUCUAGGCAGCUAAACCUCUUAAGCACUGCGACCCCUGCGGUGGGUGCAUGGCUCGUUCCCAUUGACCAGCUCAAGUCGUCUUUGAACAAAUUGGAAACAGAGGGAACUCUGAGACUCUGUGCUGUGAUGGGAUGCAUCAUGACUGAAGCGCUAGAGAAUAAAAGUAUGCAUUUUCCCCUAAGAAGUAAAUACAACAGACUUACAAAACUGGCCCGCUUUCUCCAAGAAAACCCUUCUUGUUUACUGUGUAAUAUACUCCACCACUACCUGCACCAGGCAAAUUACUCCAUCAUCGAUGAUGCUACAAUGGGUGAUGGACUUCCUGCCUUGGUAACCUUAAAGAAAGGGUUAGUUGCCCUGGCAAGGCAGUGGAUGAAGUUCAUUGUGGUGACACCAACCUUUAAAGGAGUCAACUUACAUCGGCCAGCUCAGCCCUUAAAGCCCCAAGCAGCUGUGGACCAUGAACACGAAGAUGGCUUUGGGCUGGACAAUGGAGGUGGUCUUCAAAGUGAUACCAGUGCUGAUGGAGCAGAAUUUGAAUUUGAUGCAGCCACAGUCAGCGAGCACACGAUGUUGCUGGAAGGAACAGCCAGCCGACCUCCCCCCAGCGGUUCUGGGCCUGUAACUGGCGCUGAGAUAAUGAGAAAACUCUCCAAGACUCACACUCACAGUGACUCUGCAUUAAAAAUAAAGGGCAUCCACCCAUACCACUCCCUGAGCUACACCAGUGGAGACACUGCCACGGAUUCUCCAGUGCAUGUGGGCCGUGUUGGGAUGCCAGUGAAGGAGAGUCCACGGAAGGAGAGCCUGCUCAGCUACCUGACCGGGAGCUUCCCGAGCUUGCACAACCUCCUGGAGGGCACUCCUCAAAGGAGCAGUGCAGCUGUGAAAAGUAACUCCCUGACAAGAACAGGAAAUACAAUGGCUACAGAUAUGUUAUCUGAACAUCCCUUACUAUCUGAGCCAUCAUCUGUGAGUUUCUAUAACUGGAUGUCCAAUGCAGUGGGUAAUCGAGGAAGCGUGGUGCAGGAAUCUCCUGUCACAAAGUCAGGACACAACAGUCUUCCGACAGGUGUUGCACCCAAUCUUCCCACAAUACCCUCAGCCUCCGAUUUCAACACUGUCCUAUCUAGUGAUCAGAACACUCUGGAUGGGACCCCUUCUCAGCACAGUAUGAGUCAGGAUGAUGUGGCAGGUGUAGAAGAAGCCAACCAAGGUUUUCCUGCGGUUCAGCUGGCUGAUGCCCAGGUUGUUUUCAAGCCUCUUCUGAGUCACACAGGGAUUCAAUCCCAGGAUGCGAUGCCACUGUGCUACCGCAUGUACUUCGGCGAGCAUCUUUCAUUUUCAGGGACACUGGACUGCCUCCGAGCAGAUAUCGUGGACUCAGACACGGCCAAGGAGAGAAAAAGCAAAAGGGCAAGAAGGCAAGGCCAUGUGAAUCUUCCUCCACUUGAGUUCAAACCAGCAUUAAUGUUGGAAACCUUUAGUAUCAGUGCAGUCAUGAUGGAAAAGUCUGUGUGCACCCCUCAGAACUCCACCAAUGCUCUUUCUUUCCAUGAUCUUAACAAGCGUUACUACAACACCUUCCACUGCAACUUCACCAUUUCCUGUCAGUCUAUAAGCCAGCACGUGGACAUGGCUCUGGUUCGUCUCAUUCAUCAGUUCAGUACAAUGAUAGAUGAUAUCAAAGCGACUCAGACUGACAUUAAACUGAGCAGAUACACAGCUGGCUCAGCUUCGCCAACACCUACCUUUAGAACCAGAAAACAUCGGGAUUUCCGCUCCUCUGACUUCAGCCGCAGUUCCAGAGGAAGUCUUAACGGUGGCACCAGAGUAAAUAAUGCAAAGAACAAACGGACCAACCCUGAAAAUAACAAAAAGGAAUCUCGAAACAAAAACUCAUUGGGAAGAUCUGAGAGAAGAACUUCCAAAGUGUCUAGGAAAGGCUCCAAGGACGUGGUGGAUCACAUGGCCAUCCCCAUGGAUGACUCUGACUCCAUCACCGUGUCAGAGCAGAGUGAGCCCUCCGCCGAGUGCUGGCAGAAUAUGUACAAACUGCUGAACUUCUAUUCUCUCAUCUCUGAUCCAACAGGAAUAUUGGAAAAAUCUUCAGAUGCAUUUGGACCAGCAGGCGUUCGGAGCCCAACAGAGCCAACCUGUAAAGUGGUGUUUGAGAAUGAACAGGACAAUAACAGUGUGACAAAGACACAGAGGAAGCGCAGCUUGGUGACAGCGGAACCCCAGCAUGUCACCCUGAUCGUGUUUGGGAUCGGCAUGGUGAACCGCACACACCUGGAGGCGGACAUUGGUGGACUCACCAUGGAGUCCGAGCUGAAGAGGAUUCAUGGCAGCUUCACACUGAAGGAGAAGAUGAAAGAUGUUUUACAUCAAAAGAUGACUGAGACAUGUGCCACUGCGCAUAUUGGUGGGGUUAAUAUUGUGCUGCUUGAAGGGAUCACACCAAAUAUACAACUGGAGGAUUUUCCUACAUCUCCUACAAGCACAGCCAAACAAGAGUUUUUAACUGUAGUGAAAUGCAGUAUUGCCAAGUCCCAGGCCCUUUACAGUGCCCAGCGAGGAUUGAAGACAAACAAUGCUGCCGUGUUCAAAGUCGGAGCAAUCAGCAUCAACAUUCCACAGCACCCUGCCACCUUACAUAGCAUGAUGGUUCGGAGUUCUCACCAGCUGUCGAAGCAGAUCUCAGACCUCAUCAGACAACCUUCUACACUCUCACAGCCUGUAAAAGAAGAUGUUGCAACUCCCCUACCUUCUGAAAAAACUCCAACAAGUGUUAAUCAGACCCCCAUUGAAACAAAUGAAUUUCCUCAGCUGCCGGAAGGCUUAGAAAAGAAGCCUCUGGUCCUGAAGUUCAGCACCAUGUUGGAUGGCAUUGCCAUUGGAGCUGCGCUGCUGCCUUCCCUGCGGGCUGAGUACAAGAUGGGUAGGAUGCGGAGCCAUGGGAUGACAGGUGCACAGACUAGGUUUACAUUUGAGCUGCCAAAUCACAGGUUGCGUUUUACUUCAAAAGUUUCUGCCACAGAUAUGUCAACUAUUCCUCCUUCUGCCAGUCUUAAUCUGCCUCCUGUUACUAUGUCUGGGAAAUACAUCAUGGAAGAGCAUGAUAGUUAUUCAGAUCAGGUGUGGAGUAUAGAUGAACUGCCUUCGAAACAAGGGUACUUUUUACAGGGAAAUUACCUACGUUGUGUGGCAGAAGUUGGUUCUUUUGAACAUAAUCUCACAACUGAUCUUCUGAACCACUUGGUAUUUGUCCAGAAAGUAUUCAUGAAGGAAGUUAAUGAAGUAAUACAAAAAGUGUCUGGUGGGGAGCAGCCGAUUCCUCUCUGGAAUGAACACGAUGGGACAGCAGAUGGAGAGAAGCCUAAGAUUUUACUGUAUUCCCUCAACUUGCAGUUUAAGGGUAUUCAAGUCACAGCUACAACUCCAUCAAUGAGAGCUGUGAGAUUUGAAACUGGAUUGAUUGAACUAGAACUUUCAAACCGACUUCAAACCAAAGCCUUACCAGGAAGUAGCAGCUAUCUGAAACUAUUUGGUAAAUGCCAAGUAGAUUUGAAUCUGGCAUUAGGACAAAUUGUCAAACAUCAGGUUUAUGAGGAAGCUGGUUCUGAUUUUCAUCAAGUUGCCUAUUUUAAAACCAGAAUUGGAUUAAGAAAUGCCCUCCGAGAAGAAAUCAGUGGCUCUUCAGAUAGGGAAGCUGUGCUUAUUACCUUGAAUAGACCAAUCGUGUAUGCGCAGCCGGUGGCCUUUGACAGAGCUGUGUUGUUUUGGCUGAACUAUAAAGCUGCCUAUGAUAACUGGAAUGAACAACGAAUGGCUUUACAUAAGGACAUUCACAUGGCUACAAAGGAAGUAGUAGAUAUGCUCCCCGGAAUCCAACAAACCUCUGCCCAGGCCUUCGGGACACUCUUCCUGCAGCUCACUGUGAAUGAUCUGGGGAUUUGCCUGCCUAUCACAAGUGCUGUACAGUCCAAUCACAGCGGAGACCUGGACACUGGCUCUGCCUUGGUGCUGACUAUUGAAAGCACUCUCAUUACUGCUUGCUCUUCCGAGUCUCUGGUUAGUAAAGGGCAUUUCAAAAACUUCUGCAUCCGUUUUGCUGACGGCUUUGAAACAUCGUGGGAUGACUGGAAGCCAGAAAUCCGUGGGGAUCUAGUAAUGAAUGCCUGUGUGGUUCCUGAUGGCACCUAUGAGGUGUGUUCCCGAACUACAGGACAGGCAGCUGCUGAGAGCAGUAGUGCCGGGACCUGGACACUGAAUGUGCUGUGGAAAAUGUGUGGCAUUGAUGUGCAUAUGGACCCGAACAUUGGCAAAAGGCUGAACGCUCUGGGCAACACUCUGACCACACUGACUGGGGAGGAGGUCAUAGACGACAUGGCUGAUCUGAACUCCAUGAACAUCGGUGACCUGUCAGACGAGGAUGAAGUGGACACUAUGUCUCCCACUGUCCACACUAGUUCAGAUGGAAGUUCAGUAAGUGGAGAUGGCCACAAGCUCACCUUUGGGCAGCGACUUGUAAACCACCUGCUAGGCCUGACGCCCCCACACCAGCGCUAUUCUGUUCCUGCAGAGUAUUUGUGUGAACCAGAGCUGGGGGGCUCCCCACAGUCAGGCCAGGCCCAUGUGAAAGUGUACAGAGCUCACUCAUGGGGAAAUGAAGCUGUAGAAUAUCGAAGACAAGGAGCAUCUGGUAGCCAGCCAGGAGAUCUGAGAGGCAGAAAAAUGGUGAAGCGAAUAGUGGAUAUCAGAGAGCUGAAUGAACAAGCCAAAGUCAUAGACGAUCUUAAAAAAUUAGGUGCAAGUGAAGGAACCAUAAACCAAGAAAUUCAACGUUACCAACAAUUAGAAUCUGUUGCUGUGAAUGACAUUCGAAGAGAUGUUCGUAAAAAGUUACGGAGGUCCAGUAUGCGAGCUGCUUCCCUGAAGGAUAAGUGGGGGCUGGGUUACAAACCGAGUUACAGCCGAUCGAAGAGCAUUUCGGCUUCUGGAAGACCACCUCUGAAGCGAAUGGAAAGGACAAGUUCUCGAGUAGGAGAGACUGAGGAGCUUCCGGAAAUCCGUGUGGAUGCAGCAUCUCCUGGGCCCAGAGUAACAUUCAAUAUCCAAGACACAUUGAAAAAAACAGUAUGGGGAAGCACACCGCAGUCCAGCCCUCCCGGGGAAGGGUAUUUUCAGUUUCCAGAGGAGACAGAACUGGACCUUUUGUCAGUCGCCAUCGAUGGUCCCUCCCAUUACUCAUCUGCCAGCGAAGUGUCUCAUUCCGUGUUCAGUUCUCCUAAAACUCCAGGUGUUACUUUCCAAUCUGAAGACAGUCGACGGGAUGAUAGUUUGUCUUCCACGAGCGAAGAUUCCGAGAAGGAUGAAAAGGACGAAGAGCAUGAGAGGGAAAGGUUUUAUAUUUACAGGAAACCCUCCAGACAUAUGUCUCGUAAAAAAGCCACAGGCUUUGCUGCUGUUCACCAACUGUUAACAGAGCGCUGGCCCACAACUCCUGUCAAUCGGAGCCUCAAUGGCACAGCUACUGAGAGAAAUAUCGACUUUGAACUUGACAUACGGGUUGAAAUUGAUAGUGGAAAAUGUGUGCUUCACCCAACCACCCUCCUACAAGAACAUGAUGAUAUAAGCUUGAGGAGAAGUUAUGAUAGAAGUUCCAGGAGUUUAGACCAAGAUUCUCCUUCAAAAAAGAAGUUUCAAACUAAUUAUGCUUCUACCACCCAUUUAAUGACUGGCAAGAAAGUCCCAUCAUCGCUGCAGACAAAGACGAGUGACUUGGAAACCACAGUCUUUUACAUUCCUGGAGUCGAUGUAAAGUUGCAUUACAACUCCAAGACGCUAAAGACUGAAUCACCUAAUGCCUCCAGAGGGUCUUCCCUGCCAAGAACACUCUCUAAAGAGUCCAAGCUGUAUGGUAUGAAAGAUAGUGCCGCCUCUCCUCCUCCUUUACCUUGCACUAUCCAGAGCAAGACUAACACCUUACUUCCUCCCCAGCCCCCACCUAUUCCCUCAGCCAAAGGAAAAGGAAGUGGAGGAAUCAAAACAGCCAAGUUAUAUGCCUGGGUAGCACUUCAGUCACUGCCAGAGGAAAUGGUGAUCAGUCCCUGCCUGUUAGACUUUCUAGAAAAGGCUCUGGAAACCAUCCCAAUCACACCAAUUGAGAGGAAUUAUACAACUGUCAGCUCCCAAGAUGAAGACAUGGGGCAUUUUGAGAUUCCAGACCCUAUGGAAGAGUCAACAACAUCGUUAGUGUCAUCCUCCACAUCUGCUUACUCUUCCUUCCCAGUGGACGUCGUGGUCUACGUCCGCGUGCAGCCCUCACAGAUCAAGUUCAGCUGUUUACCAGUAUCAAGAGUAGAAUGCAUGCUGAAGUUGCCAUCCCUGGACCUGGUGUUCUCUUCAAACCGGGGAGAACUGGAGACUUUAGGGACCACGGGUCCUGCUGAGACUUUGUCCCCUGGAGGUAAUGCUACUCAAAGUGGAGCAAAGGCCUCUGCAGGCAAGACGGGAACCCCAGGUUCAUCAGGACUGGGCAGCCCUCUUGGCAGAAGUCGGCACAGCAGCAGUCAGUCAGAUCUGACCACUACUAGCAGUAGUUCCUCCGGGCUGAGCUUCACUGCCUGCAUGUCUGACUUCUCCCUCUACGUGUUUCACCCUUACGGAGCUGGAAAACAGAAGAGUGCUGUUUCUGGCCUCACUUCUGGUUCAGGAGGCUUAGGGAAUGUGGAUGAAGACCCCACUUCAGUCACUGGUCGAAAAGACUCACUGAGUAUAAACCUUGAGUUUGUAAAAGUGAGUUUGUCUCGGAUAAGGCGUUCAGGAGGUGCCUCGUUUUUUGAAAUUCAGUCUGUAAACAAGUCUGCAAGCAAAAUGGACACCACACUAAUAAAUAUAUCUGCUGUUUGUGACAUAGGUUCUGCUUCCUUUAAAUAUGAUAUGCGCCGGCUCAGUGAAAUUCUGGCAUUUCCAAGAGCCUGGUACAGGAGAAGUAUUGCAAGACGUCUCUUCCUUGGAGACCAAACUAUAAAUUUGCCAACAUCUGGCCCAGGAACACCUGAUUCCAUUGAAGGGGUGAGCCAACAUCUUUCCCCGGAAUCAUCAAGAAAAGCUUAUUGCAGGACCUGGGAGCAGCCUAGUCAGUCGGCCUCCUUCACCCACAUGCCUCAGUCACCCAAUGUGUUCACUGAGCACGUGACUAACAGCACCAUGUCACCAGGGACAGUGGCACAGAGCCUGAAGUCCCCAGCUUCCGUAAGAUCCAGGAGUGUAUCGGAUUCUUCAGUUCCCCGAAGAGAUUCACUUUCAAAAACAUCAACUCCCUUUAACAAAUCAAACAAAGCAGCAAGUCAGCAAGGGACUCCAUGGGAAACACUUGUCGUGUUUGCUAUCAACUUGAAGCAAUUAAACGUCCAAAUGAACAUGAGUAAUGUAAUGGGAAAUACAACUUGGACAACGAGUGGUUUGAAGAGCCAGGGCCGCCUGUCAGUAGGAAGUAACCGUGACCGAGAGAUCAGCAUGUCUGUCGGGCUGGGAAGAUCCCAGUUAGAUUCUAAGGGAGGGGUUGUUGGAGGGACAAUCGAUGUCAAUGCACUGGAGAUGGUUGCUCAUAUUUCUGAACAUCCGAAUCAGCAGCCCAGUCACAAAAUUCAGAUCACGAUGGGCUCCACUGAGGCCCGUGUGGACUACAUGGGCUCCAGCAUCCUCAUGGGCAUCUUCAGCAAUGCUGACCUCAAGCUGCAGGACGAGUGGAAGGUGAAUCUGUGCAGUGCCUUGGAUUCAAGCAUAAGUGAUAAAAGUGAAAUUUUUGUCCAUGGAGAUUUGAAGUGGGAUAUUUUCCAAGUAAUGAUAUCAAGAUCAACCACACCAGACCUGAUAAAAAUAGGAAUGAAGCUCCAGGAAUUUUUCACACAGCAGUUUGAUACCAGCAAACGAGCUCUGUCUACCUGGGGACCAGUUCCUUAUCUUCCACCUAAGACAGUGACAAAUAUCCUGGAGAAAAGUUCACAAGAGCAGUUGCUGGAUGCUGCCCACCAUCGACACUGGCCUGGAGUACUGAAGGUUGUUUCGGGAUGCCACAUAUCCUUAUUCCAGAUCCCAUUACCAGAAGAUGGAAUGCAGUUUGGAGGAUCAAUGAGCUUACAUGGAAAUCACAUGACAUUAGCUUGUUUCCAUGGUCCAAAUUUCCGUUCGAAAUCGUGGGCCCUUUUUCACCUAGAAGAACCAAAUAUUGCUUUUUGGACUGAAGCUCAGAAGAUCUGGGAGGAUGGCUCUAGUGAUCAUUCUACAUAUGUUGUACAAACAUUGGAUUUUCAUCUGGGCCAUAAUACCAUGGUUACCAAACCAUGUGGCGCUUUGGAAAGUCCUAUGGCAACAAUAACCAAGAUAACAAGGCGUCGCCAUGAAAACCCACCCCAUGGAGUAGCAAGUGUGAAAGAAUGGUUCCAUUAUGUUACAGCCACAAGAAAUGAAGAACUAAACCUACUUCGUAAUGUUGAUGCUAAUAACACCGAGAAUAGCACUACUGUGAAGAAUUCCAGUUUGUUGAGUGGAUUCAGAGGAGGUUCUAGCUACAAUCAUGAAACAGAGACCAUCUUUGCAUUACCAAGGAUGCAGCUUGACUUUAAGUCUAUUCAUGUUCAAGAACCACAGGAACCUUCGUUACAGGAUGCCAGCCUGAAGCCGAAGGUAGAAUGUAGUGUGGUGACAGAGUUCACUGACCACAUUUGUGUGACCAUGGAUGCUGAGCUCAUCAUGUUUCUCCAUGAUUUAGUGUCAGCUUAUCUUAAAGAGAAAGAAAAAGCCAUUUUUCCACCUCGGAUUUUAUCUACUCGACCAGGACAGAAAAGCCCAGUCAUUAUACAUGAUGACAACUCCUCUGACAAAGACAGAGAAGACGGCAUCAGUUACACCACUGUGGACUGGAGAGAUUUUAUGUGCAACACAUGGCAUCUAGAGCCCACUCUUAGGUUAAUUUCUUGGACUGGAAGAAAGAUUGAUCCAGUAGGCGUUGAUUAUAUUCUUCAAAAAUUGGGCUUUCAUCAUGCCAGGACUACUAUUCCUAAAUGGCUUCAAAGAGGAGUCAUGGACCCACUGGACAAGGUUCUGUCAGUUCUUAUUAAAAAACUUGGUACUGCACUACAGGAUGAGAAGGAAAAGAAAGGAAAAGAUAAAGAAGAACACUAAAAAGUAACUUGAUCUGUGAACAAAUUAUUACACUGGAGUGCUUUUUUGUAUAUUAAAAUUAUUUUAAAUAUGACUUUAAAUAAUUCUAAUUUCGUGGCCAUUAUGUUGAAGGUUUGAAAGUUAACCUGUUUGUUCUAGUUCCACCAUUCUGUAUACAGUGAAAUAUAUUGCAUGAUAAUGUAAAUUUUGUGAAAAACUAGAUUAAAAUAUAUAUCUACUCAGUAGGAUUUAUAAUUGUUAUGUGCAAUAUGAUUCCUGCAUCUUAAAUAUUUUCAGAAUAACUGUGAAUUUCCUGUUAUUGGCCAUACUUUUUGAAAAAAAAAUCUUGUUCAUAAUGUGAUUAUUUUGGUCAUUAAUUGCUUUUUCUUUUUAAAAAUGUAGACUUGUAUAAAUACCUAUUUGUAUAUAAUUUGAGUAAUUGUGAUAUGAUUAAAUACCACUAAAGUAUUGUUUGUAACUAUUGUAAUAAAGUCACAAUAAUUGGUUUCAGUC